UAUAAAAAAAGGAAAGAAAAAAAAUAUUGCCAUAUGGCCAAGCAUAUACAGCUAUGCGAGACCAUGUCGUGAACCAUGCUUGUUUAUUAUAGGUUCAAAUGUCCAAUUACUAUAAAUUGGAGCCUAAGUUCAACAGUGUUUCAUGUACUAGCUUAACAUUUAUAGUCAUCAAACAAAUAUAGCCUCCAUCCUUAAUUUCUCAGUUUGAGUAAUUAAUAAGAUGGCUAACCAAAAGGUUUUAUUAUGUUUUGCUCUACAAUUGAUUUUCGUAAUCUCUGCCCUUCACCACACUGCAAAUGCUCAGGCACAGGGGUUGAAAGUUGGAUUCUAUGCACAUACAUGCCCAAAAGCAGAGGCUAUUGUAACUCAAAUCAUACAUCAAACUAUGGCAGUAGCACCAUCACUUGGUGCCCCUCUGAUGAGAAUGCAUUUUCAUGAUUGUUUUGUUAGGGGUUGUGAAGGUUCAGUACUGUUGAAUUCUGCCACAAACCAGUCUGAGAAAUUCGCCAUACCGAACUUGAGUCUUCGAGGUUUCCAAAUUAUUGACAAGAUUAAGGUUGCAUUAGAAAAAGAGUGCCCUGGAAUUGUUUCGUGCGCUGACGUAUUGGCCCUAGCCGCAAGGGAUUCGGUAGCUGCGUUGCAUGGACCAACUUGGGCAGUUGAAACUGGAAGAAGAGACGGUGUAGUUUCGAAUAUGACCGAGGCCCUGUUUGGCCUACCUGCACCUUUUUCAAACAUUACUACUCUCAAAAAAGACUUCACAAGCAGAGGUUUAAGCGUAAAAGAUUUAGCAGUGCUCUCAGGUGGACACACCAUUGGAACUUCACACUGCUCUUCUUUCAACAACCGUCUUUACAACUUCUCUGGAAAGAACGAUUCAGACCCAACCUUGGAUUCUGAGUACGUUGACAGACUUAAGAUGAAGUGCAAGCCUGCUGACCCUAUAACAUUGGUGGAGAUGGACCCAGGAAGUUUCAAGACCUUUGAUGUCAAAUACUUCGACCUCGUUGCCAAGAGAAGAGGCCUCUUCACAUCAGAUGCUGCGCUUCUUGACGACAGUGAGACUAAGGCUUACGUUGUGAAUCACGCCACAGCAUCUGGAACAGCCAGUUUCUUCAAGGACUUUGGUGUUUCCAUGGUCAACAUGGGAAGGGUUGGAGUUCUCACCGGUUCAGCUGGUCAAAUCAGGAAGGUCUGCACCAAGAUUAACUAAUAAGCCACUGAUCUUCUACCAUUUUGUUUGAUUUGAAGAACUUAAAAUUAAUCCUUAUUAAUUACUUUGGUCAACUACGUAAUCUGUAAUUAAUUGCAAUAAAGAAUUGCAUCUACUGCUCUCAGUUUUUUUUUUUUUUUAAUUUUUUUUCAAAAAUAAUAAGUGCGCCCUUUAUUGGUGUAUUGUUUUGGAGGUUUGUGUGAGGACUUCAAAUCGACCGGUUUGCUUGAACAGUGCUUGUUGAUUUGUAAUACUUCACGAGCUUAAUUUUUCUUGUACUUACAAUCUAUGUAUUGAUUCAUAUGAAUAAUAAUUUAAAGUUUAUACUA